UAGAAUGUGAAGCAGUGUGUCCGCGCUCCAACACCAAAUUUUCCUGUGUUCUUAACCGAACACACCGAUACUAUCCGUGGAACCUUGUAUAUUUUUCAAGCAUGCCAUGAGGACCAGCCACCGUCACGUCGAACAACUUUGUAUUAACUGAUCUAGGCCAUAACAAGUAGGAUUGCGCUUCCCAUCUACCCUUCUAUCAAUCAGCCGUCUAGUCAGGGACAGUUCAGUCGCAUGUCCAACGCAACUGAUUGUCCAGGAUCUUACAUGUCUGCUAAUCACACGUCAUAUCAUCGAUCAUAGAAUGUCAGACCCAGCCAAUGCGGUCACCAAAAGGCUGUCUCCAUCAUUAUGCAGCAAGUCCAUCGGCGUCUUGAAUCUCAAAAUUACCAUAGAUAGCGGCAGGAGUGCAUGUAGCAGUGUCAAGUUUGAAUACUGCUUUGAUGAUAUCCAGGGGCAAAACACAUGAUCCGUGGUUCGCAAAAAAAUUAAUUAUAUGAAGUGGUCUACAGCAAAUAGAUGCCAACGCAGAGCUUGGAUAAAAAUUGUAAAGCACUGCGCUUUCCGACGGGUCAAGCUCAAAGGUCUCUUUCUCGUCACUGGUAUUCACAAGGCCGUGGACUGGUCUCUGUCUCUUUCACGGAGAUAUUCGAUCGCCAGGGUCCCAACGCUGGGCGUUGGAGGGCCGAAUUCAUAACAGACUCACGGCGUACAAGUCAGAAUGAAGCCCUACAGAUAACACAUUAUGACCGAUGUGUGGGUGUCUAGGAUUAAGGUCAACAAGAUCUUCGAAAAAAAAAAUCUCGCAGGUGUUAAGAAUGAUGCUGCCGCAAGUGAAGCUCACCAUUACAUCUCCUACAUUCAAGUUGGUUUCUUCGUCCUGGAGAAGGAUGAUGUCAAUCGGCUGACUCUCGACGAGAGCCAUGUCAGCCAUCAUAAGGUCUUCACUUGAUGAAGAGACGGGAUCUAAGGGCAAAUAUCGCAUCGAUCGUUGUUUGUUCAUAAAGUGCAGCAUAUGAAUAAUGGAACUUCUGGACGACAUAUAAUGAACGACGCACGCAGAGAGAUGGGUAUAGACAAAAAAUAAAAUAAAGGCUCUGGAAUCGGUUUUACAUGUCCACGACAACGACAACGACCGCAUCAUCGCCCUGGACAGCGACAGGCAAAGACCUUAUAGUCAAAGAAGGCGAGCCCCCUGGAUCGUAGACUGAUAAUACCUUUCAUUCUGGUACGAUCUCAAGUCAAACUAUCACUGUUUUCUCAAUCGAGCCCGUGGUCACUGUGGGUCGCAGUGUCUCUGAACUGCACAUGUUAGGUGUGCCCAAAAUUUUCAUGUGUGAGCAUCAGUGAGACGAUGUUUUGAUGAUUUUAGAGAUAUCACGCGGCUACCAAGCAUCCAUACCGCACGACUUUGUGGUAUUUUACUUUCCAGAGAAAUUU